AAUGAGAAUGGUUUCGAGAACGCGGAUUAGUGCAUUUUAAAGAACAAUCAACUGACUUGGUUUUCUGAAUUGUUUACUGUAUCUCUUGGAGACAAUAGUUUACACGGUUUUCAGUUACAUCAAGGCAAUUCCGUUAGUACGAUGUAGAAUCCGCGCGUAACCACAUCCACGACGACGUAGUUUAGAGAUGAUAACAUAUCCCUCUUUAUAUCCAAGACCGAUAUCCAACUAUCGGUUUAUUAAUAAUAUAUGGGGAACGGCGUCUGAUAGCGACCUACCAAGGAGAUCUCGCCUUACCGAACCCAGGACUGUUCGUCCAUUACCGGUAGUUGAAGCCUGGGGUCGACGAAGAGGAAUAAGAGCACUUUUUUAUCACCCAUCUGAUCACUCUCUGCCAAGAGACAGGAGAACAGAUCCCCUGGGGCAGAACACACAGCAGUCGUCUUACCAAAGAGCUCAUCACCUUCAGAAUUUCCAUAACAGUGGAUAUGAAACCAGUACAACAKCAACRAACUAUGAUCCAUUUAGCCAGGACCAUCACAAAAGGCAGCAUUUUGUUAGAGGCGUGAUUCCAGGUGGCUCUAGGAACAACAAGAUGAUUUAUGGUACAGAUGAGCUUUUAAGACAGUCAGAGGAAAAGAAAAGGGUUCAAGCCAAAACUGACAAACCAGAUGGAUUUUUGUAUGGAACUGAAGCUGCAACAAAUGUUGGAAGRCAGAAGGCAGGAACAAAACCRAACAAUGCUUUGUGGAUUGAAGCAAGAGUGAAUGACGAUUACCAUGUGACACGCCAUCAGAAACUGGCAAAGGAUCAAGAUGAAUUCCUAUAUCUGCAUAAACGUGAGAAGGAAAAACAAAUGCUAGAACGACAACAAGAAAAGAAGAAGGAUUUGGAUAUGCUACAAUCAUAUUAUCCAUUUCAGAAGCCUGGUCAUGGAGCUCCACUUGCAGGGCCUGAUCCAAAUAAGCGUGAAGCACGGCGCACUAAAAACAUUCAAGGGUUACAAGAAGAGGUCAGUACAAUAGUAUGCUGUUAUCUUACAGAAGAUUUUGUAUGACUGUGCAAAGGCAUGGAUAACACACAACAUGGUC